AUGAUUGGGCUGAAGAAUAGUUUUGUUGAUUUCAAAAGAAUUAAAGACUUGUGCUCAACAGCUGCUGAACACCAACAAUUAUAUUACUCGUUUAAAAGCACAAUGAAGUUUGAAGCUGAAAAAUUAUUUUCUCAUACGGAAGCAUCAGGGCAGAACAAUUUAUUAAACUUCUCUCCUUGUGUCGGAUCGUUACCAGGCCGUCUGAAUUCUUCAUUUGAAUCUGAAGAAGAAGAAGAAAGUAGUCCAAGUGGGGUCACAGAAUUACCUAUGAUAAUUCAUCAAAUGAAAUCGAUUUCUAAAAGUGAAAACAAAUCAAAAUCUCGCAAACGUUUAACAAUGUCUUGUACAGAUGAUGAAGAAGAUUGCGCAACAUUAAAAUCAUCGGAAGAAAAAAAAUUAUGUUCAAAUAAAAAACGAAAACAAGACACUUCAAACAACUCGAGAGAUUCAGAGCAAUCAGAACAAAUAAUUCCUACACAUGCAGGAGACAUCGUUUCAGAGGAAAGUAUUUCAAUCAAUACAGAGUCGAUCAAUUUGAUGCCAGCACUAACUAAAGAAGAAAAAUCAAGUUCGCCUAAUGGUGAAAACCUGAUCUCGCCAGAAACAAACAAGAAGCCAUCCGACCGAAGAACUAGAAGAGUUUAUAACGACCAUGAAACAGAAAUACUUGAAAACGCUUUUCAAAAUUCCAAUGGAUAUCCAGUGAAGUCCGUAAUUCUACACAUCUGCAAGAUUCUGGAUGUAGAUGAAGAAAGGAUCAGAAAUUGGUUUCAGAACCGACGAGCUAAGUGUAAAAAACCCGCGAAAAUUGCUCCAAAAUCUCCAUUCAAAUUGAUACAGAUUUCACCGGCAUCUAUUGGAAUAAUGAACAACGUUAAUUCUAUUCAUAAUCCUUAUCUCUUACAGAUGCCAAGUUUUAUGAAUGCACCAACAGAUUUCAAUUAUGCUCCAAGGAUUUCCUAA